GUAUUUAACGCAAACCAAACGUUAAACUAACAAUAUUAUUUCCAAUCAUGAGGGCUGUAGUGAUCGUUUUCAGUAUUUUGGUUGCUCUUUUGCAACUAUACCAUCAAGUCGAUUCGCAAACGACUUUUACUUGUGUUUGCACAACUGAAGCUACAACAACUGAAGCUGCAACAACUGCAGCUGCAACAACUGCAGCGGUAACAACUGAAGCUACAACAACUGAAGCUACGACAACUGAAGCUACGACAACUGAAGCUACAACAACUGAAGUCACAACAACUGUGGCUUCAGUAACAGGACCAAGCAGUUGUAAUAAUGCAUCUCAAAAAUGGGAGGCAGCCGCUUGUAAUCAAUAUUACGAAUGUUAUUUGGCCCUAUGGAACUAUUAUGUGGUGUUAAAUAAUUGUAGUUCUGGCGAACAGUAUAGUCAAGACUCCGAAAGUUGCGUUACAAACACGACUUGUUACCUAUAGAGCUCCAAUGCAUUGUUGGCGGUGAAAUAAAUAGUGAAUUGUUAGUUCCUUCAAGAUUUA